UUUCGAUUUGAUCGUUUUGUUUUGUUUAAAUAUCAAUUUAAAAAAUUUAUAAAUGAAAUAAAAUUGUUUUAUUCUACAGGGAAAUGUUACGUUUUUUCUUGUUUCGAAGAUUCAUUUGAAGACAUAUCAUAUCAUAAUUAUGUUUUAAUAAAAUAUAUCAAAAAUCAAAUACAUGUAAUAAUGUUAUUACUAAACAGAUGGAAUAACUGGUCGGUCGAAUAACUGGUGGGGCGAAUAAUUAGUCCAUAGCCAGUAUUAGUGCGAGACGCUUCUAUAUUUAACGUACAGGCACUGUUUUAAUUUUUCAAAACAACACGGAGUUCGGAUUUGUAAUUUGUUUUUGGAUUAUUUAUAUAAGAAAAGAAAAACAGUUUUUGGCGUGUGCAUAAUCGGUGGAGUUCUAGUUUUUCAAAGAGAAAAAGAGCUUCUUCUUUGUAAGCUUUAAGCAAAAAACACAGUCACGUAGCGAUCACACAGGACAGAUUAUAAAUCAAAUGAAACCCAUUCACAGGCCUUUCGGAACGCCUUCUAGCCAUGAGUUACCCACCGCUAGUACGUGGAGUACCGGGAACGGGAGAUCUGGUGUUCCUGGAUCGGAACUCUCCCACUGUAACUGCCACGAAUGUGAACGGCAAAGUGCAAGAUCCGACCUAAGUGGCGAGUCCGCAGCUCAGCAAAGUAACAAGACGAGACUUGGCUUGGACCUCCGUUGUUCACAUGUAGAGGCACGUGCUCCAUCUGCUGAUGCACGUGAUUAUCAAAGACGCAGUCCUGACGGUUCGGCGUUUACAAGUGAGGGCGUUCGUGAGAGGCUUUCUCUUUCAUCAUUUAGGGUUUCUGAUGAGCAAAAGGAUGGUAGCGUGGUGACAAACAUAAUUGCAUUGGCCAGUGAUGAAACGAAUAUAAAAACCAUAUACAGCGACACAACUGGUAUUAAACCUGUAGAAAUCUGUUGCUCAAAAUUGACUUUAGAUGACAGCUUCGAAAAACUCAACGUUGUUUGUGAGAAAGGGGACCAUGGUUUACGAUUAUCGCCGAAUAUUUGCGACAUUUGUAAACAGUCCAGGUUGAGCUUGAUAAAUUCUGAAAAGCAACCUUCCCAAUUAAAGUCUGCCGUCAAUUUCAGGAAUAUGGAGCCUGAAAAACAUGGUGUCGCCAGAAGGAAAACUACAACAACUGAAUUUAAGUCUUUAUACAGGAAAUCUUGGCCUCCUCGAAGCAUUGAUAUGCAACCAAACAUGCUGGUUGACUCGGAAAAAAGUGUUUCUGAUAAAUCAUCGUUGUCGUCAGCUCGCUUCAUCUACUCCAGACAGCCUGAUCAGGGGAGUUCCCUGGAAAGUAGCAGCGGAAGUAGCAACUGUUCAAGAAUAUUUCAAAAUAACUUUGAAAUUGAUGAACAUGAUCAAGAUAGUGAUGAGUUGUUUUUAAGAGACAAUCUAACUCAUUCUCCGAGUAUAAAUCUGCAACAAAGCGAUACAUCAACCAAUGGCAAACCACCAUCCGGACCUCUAUCCAACCUUGUUGCGAAUGCUGUUGAGGCAAAACGGAAGAAAGUGUUUGUUACAUAUAGUUGGAACGCCAGUGAGGACGCUGUCGGAUUUCUAAAGGAAAUGAGAAGGCUGUGUACUGCUAUAGAAAGGGCCGGGGCUGUAAUUAGAAUAGAUCUUGAUGCUGAACAAUUUGCAAGGCGAGGAUUAAAUCACUUGGACUGGCUUGAUCAGCAACAUAAUACGGCGGAUUGGAUACUUGUCUGUAUUUCACCGACUUAUUCCGCUGAUAUCAAGCCCGACAACGACGCCGCAAAUCCCAGAGAAAGCCAGUUGAAUGCACGUUAUAUUUUUGAUAAAAUUCGAUUAGAAUACCACAAGAACAACUCGAGGAACAGACGUGCAAUUCCUGUGCUCUUUUCCAACUACGGGACGACCCAAAAGCACGUCCCCGACUGCAUGAGCACGACAAUACCAUUUCGAUAUCCGGCGCACGAAAAUGAAAUAGUUCAGUCGAUCUUUAAUCACGCUGUCGCCUUCCGUGAUGAAUAGACUAUGGAACAAUACAAAGAAACAUAUUUUAAAUUGUACCUUAUACUGUUAUGAACGAUUGUUGUUGUUCGCUUUGAGGAACUUGGAUUGUCAUAGUAUGAUAUUACGUUUGAACAAACACUGACCCUUCUGUUAUUCUUAUAUGGGAGGUCUUAGGUGCGUUGCUUUCACGGCUCAUCGUUUUUUUUUGGAGCUUAUACUUAAGCAUGACAGAUCAUAGUUUUAAAAGCACUGCUCAGCAAAAACUCUGAAGUCACAUUUAAUCAUAGUGAUCAGAAUUUUAUUGAAAACUUUGCUCACCAAUUUGUUAUAUAUGUAUCGUCAUCAUCAUCAUCAUCAUCAUCAUCAUCAUCAUCAUCAUCAAAGUAUACGCUUGUUUUUACAUAACAUUGUUAUGAAUCCAUUCAUUAUUUUUGUUAAUUGUCAUGAGUGUUCGGUCACCCCUACAUAGUGUAUUUAGGAAAUAGGAAUAAAAGAAC